UCAUUCUGUUCCGUGUAUUAAUUCUAUCAAUCCUAUGUUACAGCAUUCAUUAACCUGCCCAAAUGCUUCAAAAUCUAUACCUUUGGGACACGUUACCAGUUAUCUGCAUCCAUCCGAAGGUGAUGUUAGAUCCUCUAAUUACAGAACUGAACAUAAACAAGUGAAUAGUGUUAAAGGCACAACAUUACAUAACAAUGUACCAGCUAAGUCUAAACACUAUAAGCAUUUGCAAAGUCACGAACAUGUAUGUUCCCAUGGUCAUCACUUAUCUAAUUCUAUUCCUUCUGGUAUUCAUCUUACUGAAUUAGAGGAAUCAGUUCUUUCAACAUCACAGCAUGUUCAUAACAUGAUUCCUACGGAAAAUGUGAAACGAAUUCAUGGAAAACACAGCGACAGUAAAAAAAUCUGAACAAGCGAGAAGAAAUAAACAUUUACAUCAUUUGCAUGAACAAAUGAAUCAAGAAUCAAGUGGAAAUCACAAUUUGGUGUCAUUAAAUGAUUUGGAAAAUGCAGCUGAGAUACUUGAAGAGGUUCCUUAUGUGGUACUUAGACGUCCUCGUUCAGUUGAUGUUAAACAGUAUCAACUUCACUUAGAGCACCAAAGACAACAAGCGGCUGCCUUAGCUGCUGCUGCUGGGGGCUAUCCAUUUCAUCUUUAUCAAACACCAGGUGUUCAUUACCCUUUCACUUCACGACUACCAAUUGGUUCUCAGUUGUCAUAUGGACAUUACGUUCAACCACCACCUUUUCAUGGGUUCAGAAGUCUGGAAUGUAAUCAAAAUCAUCAUUUAGAUACACCGAUUACAUUUGGAUCGCAUCGUAAAUCUGAACAGUCAGGUAAACAAACAUCUCAUAAAUGUUCAUCAAGUCAAUCGAAGCAGGUAUCAAAACUGGAUAGUGACUCAUGUAAACGACAUUCUAAGAGAACACAUUCAAGAAGUCGAAAAGAAACUGAACCAUUUGUUUUGGAAGAAAAUGACUACUCCUUAAAGGGUGACAGGAAAUUCAGUCAGUACGAUACUAAUGCCAACCAUAUAUCUGUCACUGAUUUACCACCACGAACAACCAGCGUAUACUCUCAUCAUCGUCACCACGACCAUUGUCUGCACAGACGUGGAAAAACAAAUGGUGUGUCUGGAGAUAGAAAAGUGAAAUCCUCAACGUUGGCUAGUACUGUUACAACCAUUAGCACUAAUACAAAUGUUGGCAGCAAAGAUCAAAAACAUGACAAGUCGUAUACUGAAUAUGAUGCUAAUUUAGCAAAAGGUAAGGAGACAAUGAUAUCAUCUGUAAUAUCAUCAGGAGUAUUAACAACAACCACUAGUGCAACAGGACUAACAAAACAAAAAUCACAACUUCCAGAGUUACAACAACUACAACCGUCAUCACCUAUGCAAGACAAAAAGAGUAAAGCUACAACAUCAUUGAUAACAACUGAAAGUCAAAAAUUAAAACAAAUUUCAUCACCCGAUGUUCAUGAGGAAAAUGGUGAAAGUGAAAUACCUUAUCCUGUUUCAGUAUCUGCUGUAAAACCGGUGCCUAAAUUGAAGGCAACAUCAAAAUCAACAAGUAAACGUCAAAUACAUGAGCACUUACAACAUCCAAUACCUCCACCAUACUGGCAUUAUCAUCAUAAUGAAGUACAGCCCCAACAACAUCACCAUCAUCAUCCGGCGUGUGCAUCACUUAUCGUUUUGAAACCAUCUAGUAGUGGUAAAUCUGAACCAAGGGUGACAUCGACAAAGAAGAAAGUUACUUCUAAACCGUCAGGAUUAUCAGGUGAUCAAAUAAAACCGGCCGUUACACCUGACUUCACCGAGAACAAUAAAGAGAGUGAUGAAAAAAUUACCAAGCAAACUAAGAAGCCAUCGAGUAAAUCUUAUUCAGAUGGACGAUUCAGAGGGGAUAUGGAUCCAAAUGAGACUUUUGAAAAACUAAGAGAAGACUUACGAUCAGCUGGAUUCACUGUGGAUACAAAUCGUCCAUAUUUGAGUACAACAAAAUCAAAGAAUAAUAAACAGCCUGCAGAUGGUUAUGUACAAGAGCCUAAAAAGGCUGGAGACAAAACUCACUCACAGAGUAAACCUAAACGAACAGAUGUGACAGAUGAUCGAGUAGUAUCCUCCAAUUACAUUCCAAGGGAAUCAAUAAAAUCCGAUGCAGUGGAAGAAAUAGAGUUGGCUACUUCGACAGGAAAAGUGGAUAUUUCAAAUCUUAUUCCAACAUAUGAUUCAAUGUCAGGUAUACACCCAUGUACUCCUAUAUACCUAGAUUCUGAAUCAGAAGAAGAAAUGAUUACAAAUGUUAGAAGGAUGAGUGUUGAAGAAACUGUUGAAGCACCAGACACAAAAGAUUCACAGGUUUGUAAGAAACAAGUUGAAGAGUGGAUAGAGAAAAGUCAGGCAGUAUACAAUAAAGAAGAAGUAUCUAAAGAUACAGAUACUCAGCCGUUACGAAAAGAAGAUAAGCAGCAUACAGAAAUAAAAGGUGCAGUUGAUUUAAGUCUUGAACAUAAUGUUGAAAUCAAAUCACAUUUGGUAAGUGAACAUUCUCAAAGCAAUUUAAUUCAGCGUUCACCGAGAUCUCAUUCACCAUCACUUCCUCUUUCAUGUCAUUCAGUUGAACCGGGUAGUACAGAUUUAUCAUUCAGUUCUAACUUAUCGACCUCAGCAAGUUCAUAUUCUAUGCUUUCUGGCUAUGAUUACACUCCAAGUGUAGGUUGUUCAUGUGAACGUGUUCACAGGCAUGGUUACGAUGACUAUUCUUUAUCCUCUUUUACUUCUUCGUCUUGUGAAUAUCCUCAUCAUACACAUAGAUCUCAUCAUAGUCGACCUAGCUCUUUUCAUAAACAGCAUGGUUACUAUCGUCAUCAAACUUGUUACUGUCAUCGUUGCACUUCAAGAUCAAGAGAUGGUCGUCAUAAACGCCAUGCAUCAGAACAUCAAUAUCAAAGGCAUACUUUACAUAAACACCCGGAACGUCAUCACUCGCAUCAUUCAGAUCAUCAUCGCUAUCACAGUCACAGUCAUCAUUCAUCUGGUAAACACUCGUCACUUUAUUAUCCUCAUCAUCAUCAUCGUCAUCAUCACCAUCAUCAUAAAUCUGAAAAAGAUCACAAACAUUAUCAUUCAGAUGAACCCAGUGAUGAUAAAUCGACAACUUCAAGCAAACGUAAAUUAAAACAAGAAUUAGCUAAACAUCGUGCACUGACAGAGAAACUAGUUAAAGUUAAACGUUUUAAUGAAAAAUUACUAACUAUUGGCAAAGUUAGUUUAUCAAAUCCGAUCUUAAAUCUAACCAAGUCAAAAGAAAAUAAUGUUGUUUGUGUUGCUACUGAACGUGAAGUUGAUGAUAACACUACUGAAAAUAUUUACAAUAAAGAUAGUAUCGAUGUGACCCAUUCAAAAACUACACCUUCAGAGUUAAAUGACGAAGUAAUUUUAUCAAAAGAACAAAAUAAAGAUGAAAUAAGAAAUUCACAUCGACGUUUACAUCAACAUAAAACAUUAUCAAGAUCAUCAUCUCAUAAAUUGUCCAAAUCUCGAUCUGAUCACAGUAGUGCUAGUCGGCGUCGAUUACGAAAAACCGUAAAACAUGAUCCGGAACUGUCAACUGAUGUUCAAGGGACUACUCAAGAACCACACAUUAAAUCUAGACUAACAAUAGAAACAAAUAUCAAUAAAGAAUCUACGGAAACAAUGGGUGACGGAUUAGAGUCAAAAAAUCUAGGUCAAGUUCGUCUCAUAAAAGGAAGGGAAUGA